GAAAAUAAACCCUGCGAGGUUUCUCUUCCUUUUCUUUUAACCCAAAUAGCCUACGUAUAUUUUUCAAUCUCUUCUUUCUACAUCCUUAAUAUUAACUGUAAGUGAUGAAUGGCGGGUGUGGAAAGAAGGAGACUGGAGAAACUCCGUCCAUUUGAAAAGAGUUCAUUCUUUUCACCCUAUUUUGCAGAGUGUCAUUUUAAAUAAGUGCUGGCCUGGAGAAGCUUUUUAUUGUUUUGAACCACAGGCUUUACAUUACCUUAAAAAAAAAACCCUCUCAGCCGCAAGUUGGAUGCUUCUGGCAGCAAUACAAAUCUAGCACCACCCAGGGAGGGAGCGUAUUUGCUUCUUCGCUCACUUCUGGCAGGGCAGAGGAAUGCUGGACAUCGAGAGACGAGAAGGGAGGCUGCCCAGAGCAUCGGCACGCUGCUCCCCCGUCCCACGCCUUGGGCCUCCUCCCUUAGGAAUAAACAGAUGUCAGAAACUGAGCUGGAAAAGAUAAAAGUCAGACCAGCUGAGCAUUUUGAAAAUGACAAAAAUAACAUUUCUUGGUUGAAGGAAGAUACGCAACUCACAAACGAAAAGCAGGCAGACGAGAAAGCCAUUAAUACCAUCGUUAUAAAUUCAGUAUCCGAAUUCAAAAUCACAGAUGGACCAGCCAAGGAAACCCCCAGUGAGAAAAAACUGUCAGAAUCCAGCAUAUCCCUGUCCUCCCUUGAAGAAUGCCAAACGAAAUUUUCCUACCUCCAAACUCAUCCUUCAGUUCAUCCAAGAGACACUGAUGAGGACUGUGCCUCCCUCAUCCUCACCUGUCUGUUUUGCCAGUUUUGGGAUUGUCUCCUGAUGCUCCCGGAUACGUGUGAAACGCUGUGUACCAAUUUGUGCUGCCCCUCUCACAGGUAUCGCCACACCUCAGACGAAAGCCACUCCCGGAAUGACUGCAACUGCAACUGUGACAUAGACUUCAGCCUUUUUGAAUCUUGCCAGGAGACCAGUGAGUGUCUGGAGCUGGCCAUGGAGAUUUCAGAAAUCUGUUACCACUAGCGCGACAAAGGAAACACGUUCCGGCAGACCCUUUGGCCCCCCGGGGGAAACUCCAUUACAAUGAGACUGUGAUUUCUAUGCGCUGAAAUGUAAGGACUGUAUACAUUUCUUGGAUGCUCCAGACCAUUUUAUUCUGCACCUGUCUGGGAAAAAGCUAGUAUUGUCAACUCAAUGGCCUUAAUCCAAAUUUCCCAACCGCAUGGCUCACUGAAAAUUCAGAUCUUGAUCACAUGUGAUGAACAAAUCUUAAAUACCUCUUAAAUGCCAUAGGUACAAGAUGUUUCUUAACUGUAAAACAGCAUGUGAAACCAUUCUGUUAUUGCACUCGUUGGCUUGCAUCAUGGAUUCAACUCCAUUCACAAAUUCAGGACAAAUUAGCACAUUCUUUUAGAACUGACAUACAUUAGCUUGUCCUUCUAAUGGACUCAUGUAUAAACAUUAUGCAUUGUUGGUUAUUAUUAAUAAUGCAUUGUAUAACAUCAUUUUGUAAUUAAAAAUUUAUUUGUACAGUCUCUUAAAAUUCACUUAUAUGUUCAGUUUAGGUAGGAAAGGGAAUUAAAUGAAUUAGAAACCGUGUUCCUGUAAUUACUACACAUGUCUCCAAGACAUAUCCAGUGAAUUUUGAAUAUGAUGUACUUCGAGAGAGUACUGUAAUUCUAGACUGUAUUAUUAUAUGUCUAUGACUAUAUCAUAACAGGUUAUGCAUGUUCUUAAUUUGUUACAGAAAGGCUUUUCUUUAUUCUAAUGAGCAGAAGUAGGAAUUAUGUGCAAGUUUCAAGAAAAUGACCCCAGAUCAUCCAUUUGUCAUUUUCCUCAUUUCUGUUUGUCAGGUACAAUAGGCAGCAGGAUAUUAAAACAGAACCAGUUCAUUUUACUGAACGACGAGUUGUGUAGGCACCUGAAAGAAAUACAUGUGCAGGUACUUAUUCAGCACUAAGUUUCCUAAUACAGCAUGUGCUUCAGAAACCAUAUUUUUUUUCUAUUUCUGAUAAUUCAAGUGAUUCAUAAUUAUGUUGAGCACUUCCUCAUACUUACAAAAAAUUUUUUAAAGAUGUGAUACAAACGUAGAAAGUGACUUCCAAUUCAAACGAAUUAAAACAAUUUGGGCAGGUUGAAGUGACUUUGGAAUUUUCUUUACUUUCUGUAGGCAUGGCGUUGCUCACAAACAUGUGCUUAAAUAUUCCCAUGGACAUCUUCACUGAAUAUAAAAAAGCACGCUAUAUCAAUAACCGAACAAAGAACACAAAAGUAAAAUGGAGAGGGAACGUUUUAUGAUUUAGGCAAACAACAACAAAUUCCAAAAUACCUGUCUUUGCCUGACUAAGGUAAUUUUGGACAAAAGCUACACUUGUUUUGUUUCUCUAGUCAACUAGCACAUUCUUCUACUCUGCAGUAACUUCCUCAAAACGCUGAAAACUCUUAAUCUUUUGCAAAUAUUUUUAAGCUUCCCAUCAAAAGGCAUUGAGCUGCUCUUGUCUUGUUCCUGAUAGCACAGACCGUCCACGGUUAAUGCAGGCUUCAUCCCUGUUUGACUAUCAUGUUUUCCACAAAGUACAGAGCAUGUGAUUGCCCACCCCUUAUGAAACGCUUUGGUCUCAGUGCUUUUCAGAAACUCAGAGACAACUCUAUUCUCUAUGCAUAGAACUUGUAGAUCUUUAUGAGGGAAAAAUGUAAACUCUUAAGAAGGGGACUUAGAGCUGUUCUUACCCAGUAUUUUCAUUUUUCAUAAGAGAAAAUAGAGGACCCCAAGAACUGACUUAUCCAAGACCGUACAGUGAUUUAAUGGCAGUGUCGGGAACUCGAACCCGUGGUCUAAUUUUCUAACAACACUGUACCACCCCAGGAUUCUCCACUUCUUAGUCCAGCUCUACACUGCGGUACAGCUACUUCAACUGUUCAAAUAUUAAACUACUACUAGACUGGCUCAUAAACAGUUGCUACCGUGAACCUCCUUAGGGCUUCCCCCUGUACCCCCAGCCACCUGGCCCCUCUCCAAGCACCCACCCACCUCCCCCUGAUCCAGCCACUCAAGGAAGAACACCUGGACCUGUGGGAGGUCUCUGGAAUCCUGUCCCAAUAAUAUGGUACCUGGUGUCAUUGAUCAGGCCAUGUCAUAUCGGAGUUAUUUACCUUGACCAUCAUCCCCUUAUUCUUUCUAGUCUACAUACCCUCAAAUUGGGCAAAGAUGGUCCAUUUCAAAUGUGAAUUGAACGCUUGUCAAUUAGAGACGUUAAGAAUUGUCAGGUCUUAUUUUAUACUGUGGUCAGAAUACUACAAGAUCUUUCUGUGGCCUCUCUUACCACGGUUUGUUAACUUAUUCCUCACUUUCAGAAUUCACCAUGCUCCAUGCUCUAACAGAAAGGAUCAGUUAUACAAAGUGUGCAAUUUCUU